GGAACAUUCUGGAAACCCCAAUAGAGCAAGAAGCAACAACAAUGCCAACCAGCGCUCCCAGUACGAGGAUCCUGCCUGCAACUGGCAGACCUGGGACACAAUCUAAAGAUGCAGCUUCUUCCACAGGAAACAUUCCAGACUAUGAGCCAAACAUCCCUGAGCCCACGUGCAGAGCUGAUCUUCUAAAACACUGGAUCAACCUGUCCCUGGAUGACAAGACGGCCAAUAAGAUGCUGUGGAUCACAGCGGGAGGAUCCCAGGUGUCCCGCAUGACUGAUGACGUCACCUGUCCUGUCCUGGACAGACCAGAGAGAUAUGAGCAUGUCCCUCAGGUGCUUUGCAAAGAAGGAAUCCUGGGAUUCCGUGGUUACUGGGAAGUUAAAUAUUCAGGAUGGGUGGUCGUUGGCGUCGCCCAUGAAGGGGCAGCGAGGAGGGGAAGUGACGGACCGUGUGGGCUGGGAGAAAAUGACGAGUCCUGGGGUCUUGGCUGGGGAGGAUCACACUACCAGCUGUGGUUCAAUGGCAUCAACACAGAGAUCUGGGAUAUUCCCCAGUGCACCACCAUUGGGGUGUACCUCGACCAUCCGGCUGGCGUCGUCAGUUUUUAUGCCGUUGAAGAGGAAAAGGAGGAAGAGGAAGGCGGAGGCAGGAAGCAGAUCAGACUGCUGCGGCAGAUGAAAAGCUCCUUCAAGGGAAGAAUGAUGCCAGGUUUAUGGGUAGGACAAAAAUCAUCAUGUACAUUUGUUGAAAAAGAGCAAUAAAGGAAAAAAAGAAAGACAAAAUAAGCUACUUGAGGGUUCAGUGCCUUGCCCAGGGACACAUCAGCAGACAGAGUAGUAAAAGCAGGUAUGUAACCCACGACGACCAGCUCUACCACUGAGCCACCCUCAACUAGAAAAUAACAACAUGUGUACACACAAUAUUUAUACAUUUGUUAAGAAGCUGCUAUUUAGCCAUUUGUGUGUGCAAUGUGUUCAUACUGCCAACAAUGAAUGAUGAAUAUUGAUCACCAGUGUCAUAUCAUUCAUAUAUACUAUAUAUACAUAUGUCGUGUCAUUGUGUGCUUUAUAUUGUGGAAAUAUCUACAUAAUCUGCACUUUAAAUAAAAUGUGUGACUAAUCAAAAUUAA